UUGUCACAGCUUGCACAACUGGAGAACAUCACCACAACAUUUCAAGCCGCUUCUGCUCUCCUGCAUAGCUUACUCCGCCUCUCAGCCUCCAAAUCUCGCACAUCAUUCGCAAUGCAGGGGCCAUUACAAGUCGAGCAGAUUUCCACAGUCACUGCUGACGAGGAAUCAGAGAUCCCUCGCUAUGAUCCAUCAAUCUACUCAACGCCGUUCUCACAAUUACCCAACCCAAAGCGGGUAUGGCUUGGGUCGCCUUCCUCCCCACUAGAAGGUCUAGGUCGUCUCUCACUCCUUACUCCAGAAGUUGUGUCCGCAGCGGCAGCUUCUGAGAUCAAGACUGGGACACGAGUCGGAUUGGGCUGGGACAUGACCAAGCUCGAGCACUCUCAAUUCGGGAGACAGAAGUGUGGGCAUACCAUUAUUCCACUUACAUUUCCCGGCGGAGCUGGGUUUGGUGCUGGUUUUGAUGAUGUGUACUCCAUGAAUCCUCAACAAAGUAGCCAGUGGGACGGUUUCCGACACUAUUCCCAACCGAGAGAGCCAAAAGGUUCCUCGAACUCCCCAGAUAGAGUCUUCUACGGCGGAACUACCAAAGAGGAGAUCAUGGAUACGAGCAACCAUCGAAUUGGCAUUCAACAUUGGGCAAGUGAGGGAAUCGCUGGCCGCGGGAUCCUUCUAGACUAUCAACUUUGGGCAGCUUCACAGAGUCCCCGGAUAACCUACUCUAACUUUUCCACUCACGCCAUCACCUUCACCAACAUUGUCGCCAUGUGCAAAUAUUUCAACGUAACACCGCAGAAAGGUGACGUGCUCUUCAUCCGCAUGGGUGUCAUACCCGAAUGGGAUAACUACACAACGACCCAAAAGCAAGAUUAUGCUGCACUAAAAGAGCCCGAACACGCAGGUGUAGAAGCCUGUAUCGAGGUUCUGGAGUGGCUUUGGGACAGCGGUAUCUCAGCUGUGGCUGGGGAUGCUAUCUCAUGGGAGGUCUUCCCAACUCCUGGCGCCAUCUCAAUGCACGAAUAUCUUCUAGCUGGAUGGGGUAUGCCUAUCGGUAAGCACAUUUCUCAUCUCCGCUUUAUUCCCUCCCAGUCUCCCGUUACUCCGCUUCGCUUCCUUCAAAAUCUUGUCAACAGUGAGAUUGGCGUGCGAGAUCGAAUCUUUGUAUGGAAGGAGCAACGUGGAGAGGAGAUAUGACUAACUCCUUCUUCUUCUUCUAAAGGCGAGAUUUUCGAUCUCGAAGCCCUGUCAAAGACAUGCCAAGAGCUAAAUCGCUAUUCCUUCUUCAUCACAUCAAUGCCACUCAACAUGCCAGGCGGGGUGAGCAGCCCACCAAACGCUAUGGCCAUCUUCUAGAUAGCAUAAGAAGACAACUCUAAACAUUUUCAAAUAUCCGACCUAUCAGAACCAAUAGAUGUUGUAUUUGGUAAAAUACUUUACCUCCUAGUCAUGUUAAAGCUGAAUAGCAGUUGGAGUUUCCAAUACGAUACAGAACCUACAUAACGUUUGAGACACGGGACCGGGACCGGGACCGGGACCGGGAAGCGCGGAGUCGGCUCCCACGGUCAGACCAAGGCGUAAUCGUAAACUAGUGUGGAGAACCGCAUGCAGCGGCAGGUUCGCCAUUAGAGUUCAGCCUUGCAUGCGAGCAUGCAACCAGGUGAGGGGAUAGGGGACCAAGCCAUUCCGUAAUAGGAAAACCUCUGCGAGUUUACCGUAGGGCUGUCGAGGCUGUCAGUCAGAAGUCAUCCAGCCGCCAAGAGAAGGGUAAGCUAGCGACAUGUAAGUCGUCCGAAGCGGCAACAAAGAGACUUUCUCCUUCCAAGUCAUACCCUUCCCGCAUAAACUCUAUUAGAGCAAAAAGAUCCUUCUGGAUUUCUGGGUCCACCUGCAGAUCUGGUCUUGGCCGGUAUUCAGGUCGCUUGACCCCGCGUCGGGUUCUUUUGGGGAACUUGGAAGAUGCAGGCGAUGCAGGCAGAUAUUGCCGGUGCAUAAACCACGAGGUGGUGGACAAGAGCCCAAGAUAGCUGCGCAUCUGCUUGCUGUAACCAGCAUAGCGAGGGAAGAUCUGUCGCCGAAGAUCGCGUUCCAUCCUUGGUUUGGAGAGCGCCGGCUUGUUAGCGUAGCCUUGUCGUC